AUGGUGAAAUCAGCUGGGUUCGAAAACGCUGAACAAACUAAAAAAUCGGUUCCAAAAACCGAAUCACAGUCAGGUACACAGCAGUUAGAUAAAAUGCCUCAAUCAGAAAGAACUCCCCACUCACAAGGCCUUUCAGAUACGCCAAGUAAUAAAAAUGAAAGAGAUGCCACUGUUGAGAAAAUUAAGCCUCUAUCACCUGAGGCCGCUCAGAAACAUGAAAUUCUUGUUGCCUCAUCAGUAAAAAAUCCAAAGGUCCCUACACCAAAUACCCAGGGUACUGUUGGGUCUGUACCUUUGGAAAAGGUUCAUCCUGCUGAUUUGAGAAGAGCCCCUUCGAGGAAACCAAACAAAUUCGAUACUUCAAUUACAGGACCGGGUAUUUUAGAUGAACUUAACAGUUUCCAAAAGGAGGAUUUAAAGAGUAAAUUGGAAGCUGAAAAUCCUGCUACUUUAUUUCCUUGGAGAACUGUUGCUGAAUUUCAUUCAAGCGGGAAAGGUUCACCUAACACAGCCAAUGCUAAGGUUAUCAAGGCCUACAUCUUGGAAAACUUCUAUAAUGAUUGGUAUGCAAAUGUUUCAAUUGUGAUAGGUACUUGUUUUAUCUCGUGGUUGUUUGCUUAUUGGGGGUUUUCAUGGUGGUCGCUUGGACUUGUGUUCUUAGGAACAUCAUCAGUCUAUUCUGCAGAAUUCCGUAGGUUUAAUAGAAAUAUUAGAGAUGAUUUGAAGAGAACUACUGUUGAAGAAACAAUUUCUGGGAAAGUAGAAACUACCCUUUGGUUGAAUUCGUUCCUAUCUAAAUUUUGGGUUAUCUAUAUGCCCGUCCUAUCCCAACAGGUUAAGGAUCAGGUGAAUCCUAUCCUUGCUGGUGUGGCACCUGGUUAUGGUAUUGAUGCUCUAUCCCUUGAUGAAUUUACCUUAGGUUCAAAGGCACCCGCUAUUAGAGGUAUUAAAUCAUAUACCAAGACUGGUAAGAACUCAAUUGAAAUGGAUUGGUCGUUCGCAUUCACUCCAAAUGAUGAAUCAGAUAUGACCCCUACUGAAGUAAAGGAGAAAGUCAAUCCAAAAAUUUCUCUUGGUGUCACAUUAGGUAAGAGUUUCCUUUCUAAAACCUUGCCCGUCCUUGUUGAGGAUAUCAAUGUUGCAGGUAAGAUGCGUAUUCGUUUAGAAUUUGGUAGGAUUUUCCCAAAUAUUAAGAUGGUUUCGGUUCAAUUAUUGGAACCCCCAUUAAUUGAUUUCGUUUUAAAACCCUUAGGCGGAGAUACCUUAGGUUUAGAUGUUAUGUCCUUCUUGCCCGGUUUGAAAAGUUUAGUGAAAACUAUUAUUAAUUCUAACGUUGGUCCAAUGUUGUACGCUCCAAAUCAUAUGGAUAUUGAUGUUGAACAAAUAAUGGCUGCCCAAGAAAAUGACGCAAUUGGAUGUCUUGUUGUUACUGUUACUUCUGCUGAUGGAUUGAAAGGUUCCGAUUUUAUUACAAAUACUGUUGAUCCAUAUGUCGUAAUAUCAUUAGAAAAGAAUCUCCCUAGUGAAGACAAACAAAAAAGAACUUCGAUUAAAUCAGAUAAUAAGAACCCACGUUGGAAUGAAACAAGAUAUCUCCUUUUACCAUCAUUAAACCAAACAUUGACAUUAUCUUGUUUUGAUUACAAUGAUGUGAGAAGAGAUACUUUAAUUGGUGACAUUUCUAUUGAUUUGAACACGUUCUUACAGGAACCUGUACAGGAUAACCUAACCUCCGAGCUAAUGGUGGGUGCCAAAUCAAGAGGUUUGUUGAACUACUCCUUACGUUGGGUUCCAGUUGUACAGCCUGCUGAUGCCUCCAAAUCCAGUGAAGAAAGCAGUGGAAGUGAAGAAGUUGAAUUAGUUGAUGAUACAGAUGAUUUUGAAGAUUCUAGUGAGUCAGACGUCGGUAUCUUAAAGUUUACCUUACAAAAGGUAAAGUCUUUAAAUACAGCUACUUCAAUGACAGGAAACUUAAGUCCAUGUGCCUCUCUAUUUAUUGAUAAUGUAUUAAGGAAAUCUUACAGAACAUUAAAACGUCUAAACGAACCAUCCUGGGGUGAAGUUAGUGAGUUGAUCAUUGGUUCAAAAACGGAUUCAAGAAUCACUUUGAAAAUUUAUGAUGACCGCAUGGGUGGGAAAGAAUUAUUGUGUGAAUACUCAUCCACAGUUGAAGAUUUAAUUGCUGCGUCAGAAGUUGGUCAAGAAUCAGUGAAAGGUAGCCCACAGGGUGAUAUAUUCUUUACCGCACAAUGGAAGCCCUUGAAGGUUCAAGGUACAUUUGCAUAUAACGCUCCAAUUACUGGUCCUAUUGGUUGCGCUAAAAUUACAGUUAAUCGUGCAAUUGUCAAAUCUAACCUUUCUGGUUUCGGUGACAUUGAUCCUUAUUUUAUUGUUUCAUUAAACAAGCAUAUUAAAUAUAAAUCCAGACAUUAUUCAGAUACUACAAAACCUGUUUUUAAUGAGACAGUCUAUGUUCCUAUUGCCUCCGAAUCUCAACAUAUCUCGGUAGAAUUGUAUGAUUAUCAAUCGGUUGGAAAAGAUAGAAAAAUCGGAACACUCCAAGUUCCAUUAUCGCAGGCAAUGAAGAGGGAUAAUAAAGGUAAUUACAUCGAUAGUAGCAACUCCAUGUAUUUUGAGAACUAUACAUUGAGGGGACCUGAUGGCCAUAGUUCAAAUGAUAUUAUGGAAUUGGGAGUAGGGUUUAUUCCAACAUUACCUGUGUAUUCUCCAGAUGAAAGAGCAGCAAUUGCAGAAUUAGAAAAAGAACUAAAGAAGAAGCAAGAUGAGUUUUCAAAGAAACAAGAGGAGCUGAAGAAGAAAAUGGAAAAAGACCCAGGCAAUUGGGAAGUUGCUGAGGUUCCAGAUCCAUUUGAAGAAGAUGAAAAGAAGAUCCAUAAAAAGCAAAAGUUAUCGCUCGAAGAGUUACUUCAACAUAAUUCUGGUUUAUUGACAAUUCAAAUAUUGUCAGGUUCUUUGGGUAGAGAUAGAGGUUUCUUGGAAGGAUUGGUGGAUGAUAUAUGCUACCCUAGUUUUGUGCUGAAAUGCAGAGGUGAUUCAGUGAAACCUGAAACUAAUGUAGUUUUUAUUCGUGAUCUGAAGAACAGUAAGUUACAUUUCAGAGUUUCCAGAAAGAAUAUAGCUAAAGAGCCUCAAGAUGUUAUCUCCACUGAUACAUUCGAUACAAUUAAGUUGUUGCAGUCUAGUUAUGAACAAGCUUACAAUGUGAAUUUUAGUGGUGCCAAUUUAAAGAUUAGGAUGUUAUAUGACCCAUCCACCACUGCUUUGCCACAUGAAUCAGUGGCUGAUACUGGGUACUUGGAUCUAAAGUUUGUUUCAGCUGAGCACUUAAUGGCUGGUGAUAGAAAUGGUAAAUCGGAUCCUUUCGUGGUUGCUUACAUUGAUCGCAAAAAGGUAUACAAGACUCAAGUUAUCAAGAAAACCCUGGAUCCCGUGUGGAAUGAAAGUACUAGAAUUGCAAUUCCAUCAAGAAGUAGAUCCGAAUUUAUCCUCAAUGUUUUCGAUUGGGAUCGUGCUGGUUCUAAUGAUGAUUUGGGUAAUGUCAAGAUUGAUAUGUCCACUCUUGAACCACACAAACGAUAUGAGUGGGAUUGUCCAUUAUCAACACAAGGUACGUUGAAGUUGGAAGGUAAAUUCACACCUCAAUACAUUACACCAGAAGUAUCAGAGGCAGAAGGUGCAUCAAGUGACGCACCUAUUGCUUCGAUUACUGCUGUUAGUGGUUCGGGUAUGCAAGCAGCCAAACAAGUUUCAGGAGCUGCCUUCGGGGUUGCAAAUACUGUUGCAUCUGGUGGUGUUCAAAGAGGUGGUCGUUUGUUGAAAACCUUUGGUGGUGAUAAGAUUAAAUUGCCAAAAAUAUCUGGUGAGUUUAGAAGAAAAUCUAAUUCUCAUCAUGGAAGAGACUCGUUAGAUUAUGAUCCAUCCACUCCAAAUAAAAGCUAUGCUGCUGUGCAAGGACCUAAUAAUCUCGAAGGGCAGGAUUCAUUGCGUACACAAAAUGGCUCUGAUCAGAAAUCAGCGGCUGCCCUAUCAAAUCAUUCACAAGUUGAUAAUUCUAAUAUUAAACAAGCCCAAUCUCAACCAUCUACUCCCAAAACUCCAAAAGAUUUGACUAGAAGUAGCAGCAUGGCACAUACUCUAAGGCCCGAUGGGGUAUAUUCCGGUACUCUUUCGAUAUUGACUGCAGAGAACGUUGCUAAGAAUGUAGUCGUAAGAGUUUCUCUUACUGAGAAAGGUAAGAACAGACAUAUCUACACAUCAAGUAAACAAAAGAUCAAUGACAAGGGUAUUGCAACAUUUAAUGAGAAUACAACUUUCAAAACGACACCUGAAACCACGGUUGUUAUUGGAGCUGUUUCUCAUCAUAAGCUUUCAAAAGAUAAGGAUCUUGGGUUUGCACAGGUUAACUUGAGUGACCCACAGGUUCAUGCUGGUGAAAAUAUUGCACUAAAAUUGGGGGAUGGACAUCUUAUUGUUCGUAUUGAUUAUGCUAAAGACGGUUCCUCAAAAUAG